AUGUUGGAAGAUGAAGAAACUGCAGAACUAUUGAAGCUGAGGUCGGCUCCUGGUCGUGACCGACCGCCAGGUUCUCGAUCAGUAUUUUCGCAAGCUUCCACCUCUGAGAAAAUUUUAUGGUUUAUAAAGACACCUAUUAGAGCAGUAAUGUGUUUAUCGCUUGUGACAGUGUUCUUUUUGACUUACUUUGGUUUCAUGUUCCCUGUCAUGGGACUGCGAAAAAUUUGGCCUCGUCUGUACUGGUUCGUCGAAGGCAAAUUGUAUCGAUGGCUACAAGGAUUUAUUGGUACAUGGGGAUAUACGGCUGGAUAUGAUGUUUUCGAGUACGGAGACGAUGUUACUACGUAUUAUCGAGACGAAAGGGUCUUGGUGAUGUGCAAUCAUCAAAGCACCGCAGAUGUUCCGACGUUGAUGGCGUGUUUGCAAAGUAAGGGCGUUGCCAGCAGAAAGACUCUCUGGCUAAUGGAUGUGAUGUUCCGUUGGAGUCCUUUUGGUAUAGUUGGAAACAAUCACGGAGAUUAUUUUAUUAAACAAGGGAAAGCUACUCGGGAAAAAGAGAUCCUGAGAUUGAAGCAACAUUUACGUGAGGUAUUCUGGGAUCGCGAUCGCCGCUGGGUUAUUCUCUUUCCCGAAGGCGGAUUCUACCACAAACGUGUAGAGAGUAGUCAAAGAUAUGGAAAGCUCAAUGGUUUCCCUCACCUGAAGUAUACAACUUUACCUCGAAUGGGAGCGGUGAAAGCCAUAUUAGAAGAAGUGGGACCACGAGAAGAUGAAGAUGAACCGAGAGAGCGUAGCUCCAGCAAGUUAAAAUUAAUCACUGAUACCGUUGGAGCUAUCAGGGAGAAGAAGUAUGUUAAAGAAACUCGUCCACCUAUCAAGUAUGUAUUGGAUGUAACAAUUGCGUAUCCUAACGGCAUACCGCUCAGUCUUGUUUCUCUUGGAUUUGGUACUCGCGAAAAGUGCGACAUCGCAGUGAACUAUAAGAUUUACAACGCUGACGAGGUUCCAUUUGACGAUGAUGACAAAUUACGCGACUGGAUGUAUAACGUGUAUAAGGAGAAGGACGAGAUGUUAGCUCGAUACUACGAAACCGGCCAAUUUCAAUCCGGAGAACGUGGAACACGUGUGGUAUUUUCGUGGGCCAAAAUCAUCGGCCAGUACAUGUUUUGGUUCGCUUCUUUCUAUGCUCAGUAUCAGAUUUACUCACGGAUUUGCAAACAGGUGUUCCUGAUACUGACGUCUCCGUUCAUGUGA